AUGAGAAUUUGCAUCAUCAUUUUCUGUACUUUAGUACUUUUGAACAAUGCACAAUUUGUUGAGACAUCCAGAUAAUAUGAUGGAAGUAAGCUCACUGUGAAUUUCAAAAACCUAAAUCCAGGAGAAUAUUAUAAGAAUGUCACAAGUCCAAUUUAUCCAAAUUUCACAGUAGAGGUGACUGAGGAUGGAAAGAAUCAACUUACUCUCCGUAUUCUGAACCCUUUGGAUACAUUUGAAAUACCCCAUAAGUUCCCAUUCCCAUACACAAAAUCUGAUAGUAGUCAUGGAGAAUACGAUUAUUCAGUCAAUGAGGAUGGAAACUUUUUCUCUGUUUCUAGAUAUGAUGGAUCCCCUGUCUUUAAUAUCACUAAAGCUACAGUUCUCUCUUUGUUGUAUUCUGAAUUACAUACAGAGUUGUUAUCAGAAGAUAUUUUCGGAUUUGGAGAAAGACGUCUGAAUUCAUUUAGAAUUCCAAAGGGAGAAUUCUCAAUUUGGAAUCACGACUUUUGGGAGUUUGAUACCCAAGUAGGAUAUUCACUAUAUGGUACUCACCCAGUUAUCUUACAGAAAUAUAAUUCACAGUAUCACUUAGUGUUGCUCAGAUCAAGCAGACCCAUGACUUUAGAAAGAACAGAUGAUGAACUCAUCUACAGAGUUACAGGUGGACAACUUGAAUUCAAAAUAUUCAUAGGCAAAUAGAAUCCAAAAGAAUUGAUCAAAUAAUAUCAUCAAUAUUUGAAUGGUUGGGAAUUGCACCCAUUCUGGGCAUCUGGAUGGCAUCAAAGUAGAUGGGGAUAUGAGAAUUCUACAGUACUCAAGAAUGUGAUUAGAAAAUACAAAGAAUCCAAAAUCCCAUUGGAAGUUAUAUGGACUGAUUUGGAUUACAUGGAAGAAAGAAAAGAUUUUACUUUGAAUGAAGAUACCUAUCCAAGAGAAGAUCUUUAGAAAAUCACAGACAGAACUAAGCCAGAUGGAGUUCAUUGGGUUCCUAUUGUAGAUCCUGGAAUUGCAGUAGAUAGUGAUUGUGGAAGAGAUUUGGUUAAAUCAGGAGCUUACAUUAAAAGUAACAGAUAAUCUAAAACCCCCUAUCUUGGUGCAGUAUGGCCUGGAGAUGUCUACUUUACUGAUUUCAAUCAUCCUAAAGCCUAUGACUUAUGGCUUAAAUGUCAUAAGGAUUGGUUUACAAACUAUCAAAUUGCACCAAGUGGCAUUUGGAUUGACAUGAAUGAAUUGGCAAAUUUCAGAGAUGGUGAGGCAUACAAAGGCCCUAAGUUGAAUGAUAAAAUAUUUGAAUUGAAAGAUUUACCUUGGGAUGCUAUGGGAACAGUGACAUUGGAGGGUCAUACAAUUGCUAUUGAUGCUUUGCAUGAAGGAAAAGGAGUCUAUUUCAAUGGUUCAACAACUUCAAUUCCAGAAUUAGAUCUUCACAAUUUCAAUGGUUUUCUUGAGCAAAUUGAAUAGAGAAAGUUAUUGUAAGAAAUUCAGAAUAAGACUCUGAUCUUUUAAUUGAGUAGAUCAUCAAUCUUUGGAAGUGGUAGAUUUUCAGCUAUUUGGUUCGGAGAUAAUGGAUCUACUUGGGCAUGGUUACGUUCAUCAGUUUAUUAGAUGUUUAAUUUCAAUCUUUUUGGAAUUCCAUUUGUUGGUGACGACAUCUGUGGAUUCAAUUAGGAUACUACACCUUAACUUUGUGCAAGAUGGAUUCAGUUGGGUGCCUUCUAUCCAUUUGCUAGAGAUCACAAUGCCUUAGGGUAGAAGGACUAAGAACCAUAUCUUUAUGAGAUCACCAAGAUUUCAGCUCAAAAAAGCAUCUAACUUAGAUACGAGUUCUUAAAAUAUUACUACUAUCUAUUCAUCUCAUAAAGAGACUCAACUCUUUAAGCAGGAUCAGGUACUAUUGUGGAUCCAUUGUGGUUUAAAUAUUAGAGUGAUCCUUAGACUUUCAACAUCGAAACUCAAUUCCAAAUCGGAAACAUUAUUGUGAAUCCAGUGGUUGAGGAAUAAACCGACGAGUCUCUUGAUUACACUGAAUUACAAUUCUAUGUUCCUCUAGGUGCCUAUUGGGUGUCCUUUGAAAAUGGUUAAAGGAUUCCAAAUGGUUGGAACACCAUUAACAGAACCUUCACUGACAAUGCAUAUUUGGCACUUGAAGCAGGCUCUGUAAUUUAACAUAGCAAUGCCACCGGAGUCAUGAGAUUGAGAGAGAUGGAAUCAGAUAUCGAUUUGAUCGUAGUGUUGAAUGAACUCGGAUAAGCCAGUGGAUCAUAUAUGUCCAUCAAUAAUUACGAUGACGAGGAGACCAUAUUGAAGAGAUGUUGGAAUGACCAAUACACUUGCAUAAGAAAUAUCUCAGUCAGAACAUUUAAGGAUUCUUUGCAAUUCACCAACACCAAGGCUAAGAAUGACAAUAGUGAAGAGAUCAACAUCAAGAACAUUAUCAUUUAUAGGAAUCAGUAGAUAUUCAGAGUAGAAAUCAAUGUGUCUUCAUUUACCUAAAGUUGGUAAAUCAAUUUCUGA